GCAGUGUAGCGUGUCAGUUGCCGUGACAACGGUAAAGCAGUCUGUUGGGCGUGUGGUCACAGAGGCCUGGACGAUUCUCUCAAGUAGCAGAGACGGGCUUAGUACGUGCGUGUGAACAUAACGCUGUGAGGAGGGAGCUCUGAGCUGGAGACAAGUGGAGCCAUGUUAUCUUCGUCAGACAACAGCCGGGAGGGUGAGGCUUCAAAAUGGCUGGAUGCGCAUUAUGAUCCUGUUGCUGGUCUAAAUACCUUCUCCUCCUGUAUUGCUCUCGCUGAUUUACAUGGGGACGGUGAUUUUAAGAUGGUGGCUGGUGACAUUGGCAGUGGGCCAUAUAACAUGAAGCUGAAAGUGUAUAAGGGCACAAGUCUCAUGUCUGAAAAUGCGUUGCUUGACAUGCCAACUGGUGUUGUAGCCUUCUUGAUGGAUCAGAAUGAACCACGUACGCCGGCUGUGGCUGUGGCCUCUGGACCAUUCAUAUAUGUGUACAAGAAUUUGAGACCUUACUUCAAAUUUACUUUGCCAGCACUUGAAGUCAACCCCCUGGAGAGGGAAGUUUGGGAUCAAGCUAAAGAGGACAAAAUUGACCCUAUGACACUGAAAGAGAUGUUGGAUGGAAUCAGAGAAAAAGCUGAAAUUCCUCUGUCGGUCAGGUCACUUCGAUUCCUUAUGCUGGAUCAACUGGAGAUGGAGGCUUUUGUGAAUACGUAUAAACAGUUGCCACUGAAACGCCAGACUGUGAUCACAUGUAUGGGAACUCUGAAGAAGAACAUGGCAGAUGAAGAUGCUGUGUGCUGCCUUGUCAUAGGUACAGAAAGUGGAGAAAUAUAUAUACUGGAUCCAGAAGCAUUUACUAUUUUGACCCGGGUUGGUCUUCCCAGCAUCCCGGCUCUUCUGGAUGUAAAUGGACAGUAUGAUAUAGAAUACCGCAUUACUGUUGCAUGCCGCAAUGGUAAUGUAUACAUUCUCCGCAGAGUUUCAAAGCAUCCUAAAUAUUGCAUUGAGUUGAGUACUCAGGUGGUGGGAAUCGUCCGUGUCCAGAAGAAUAUCAUAAUUGGGACCUCCCAGGAGACUUUGCUUGGAUACUCCCAAAAGGGGAAGCAGCUUUGGGCAGUUACUUUACCUGCCUCCAUUAUGACGAUGGCUUUAUUGGAACAGAAGUCACGUAGCAUCCAAGCUGUUCUGGUGGGAUUAAAGAAUCUGGAAGUGCACCUGUACAGAGAUAAGAAUUUGCUGAGUGUUUUUUCAACCCCAGACAUUGUAACCAGUAUUUGCUUUGGAAGAUAUGGAAGAGAGGAUGAUACUCUGAUUAUGACCACAAGAGGAGGGGGUCUUAUUAUCAAGAUACUGAAGAGGAUGGCUCACUUUGAAGAUAAGGAUACAACUCCGGGCCCCCCUACUGGACAAAGCAUUAAGCUCAAUGUACCUAAGAAAACCAAACUUUAUGUCGACCAGACCCUUCGUGAGAGAGAGAAUGCAGUGGCGAUGCAUCGUGUUUUCCAAAUGGAUCUGUACCGUCUCCGUCUUAGUGCAGCCCGAGCUUAUGUUAAGGCCCUGGAUGCCAGCCUCACCCCAGUAUCCUCAACAAUCCAGGAAUCUCUUACUCUAAAUGCUGCUGUACAGGGAAUUGGUCCUCGGUUCAAGCUAAUACUGAAUUUACAGAACACUUCAGUGAACCGACCUUCCAUGCAACUGCUUAUUAGUUUCCUAUAUGAUGAACAACUUUACCAGCUCAGACAAGCAUUCUUUAAGGUUCCAUUGCUGGUUCCUGGCUUGAACUAUCCUAUCGAGACAUAUGUUGAUUGUUGCACUGAUAAAGGGAUCUCUGAUAUAAUUAAGGUUUUUGUCCUGAGAGAGGGAAAAAGUACGCCGUUACUUACAGCACACAUCAACAUGCCAGUUAGUGAAGGCCUAGUGGCUGGUUGAAGUUGUCUACAGAGCUAAAUUCAUCAUCUAAAGAGCUUGUAUAAAAGAAAAUAAGACCGAGUAACAAAGGAUUGCAUCCUUCUAGGACUAUAGUUCUAGUUAUGGAUUCUUAAGAAACUGCACUUUUCAAAUGUCCCAUUCCCAGAUGUAAUUAUUCUGAAACCAAAUUAAGGUCAUUGAAGUACAAUGUACAAUGAUGGGUAGCAGUCAGGCACGUGUUAAAGAUAACCUGUAACCCAAAAAUGCAGUGCAUGUUAUAAAGCAGGAGGAUCUGAGUAGAUUGUUUUAUAGUUUUGUAAAAAUAGAUUCAACAAAACUUGUAAUUUAUUCAUUUAAACCUGUGCUCUUUCUGAACUUAAAGGAGAUUUCCACGAUUACUAUGCUUUUUAACAGAUAUGCUCAUGUAGAUGCCUACCUUAUUUCCCCUGCUUUUUUUUUUCCCAAUUUGGACUUUCCUGACCCGCUUUCACCUUGUCCCUGUCCACAUCUAUCAGUGACUGACAGCCAUCUCUGUAUCAGUUGCUCGUUAAGUGGAGGUGAAGUGGUGUAUUUACAUGCAAUGAUCACCUCCCCAGUAUAAGCUAUUGCAUUUGCUCUUCCUCAUACAACUGCAUUGUUUCUGGACAGCAGAACGCUGUAUAGACACCGUGAUCUGCUGUCCAGAAAUGAUCAUUUAGAUGCCUGCACGAACGACCGUUUCAUCCGAUGAACGCGUGUUUUGCUGCACCUUUAGACAGGCAGAUUGUUGGGAACAAGCGUUCGCAGCAACGUUCAAUCCUGAUAAUCUGCCCAAUUAUCUGGAUGUGUAAAUCCAUGUUAAGUUAUAUUUAGAUGAGCAGAUAAUUGUUACAGUUCGAUUGUUAACAAUGUUAUCUUUGCAUGAAAAUGCUUGAUCUGUCAUUGGCUUUAAAUUGCUAAAUGCAAUGGUGUCACUAACGAUUAUCCAAUCAUUACAAUCUGUCCACUAGAAGUCCCUUUACAAAGGAGGAUACAGCAGCAUAUUGUCGGGAAGGAAACGUUUGCUUGCUCCUCCUACAUUUACUGUACAUUCAGCGGUCUCCUUCACAGUAUGGGGAGUCCAAUCACUAAUGCCAUCGCUCUUCCCUAUACAGACUCGUUGUUUUCUGGCACUAGAGGCUGUUUACACAGCACGAUCUGCUGCAAGUAAACAACGAUUUUUGUGUCCACAUGAAUGAUCUAUUACCCUAUGGAAGAGUGUUUUGCUUUUUCAGCGGCACUCCUAUGAACGCUCGUUAGAGAUUAUCUUGCAGAUUCUCAGCCUGUGUAAAGGGCCCUUAAUGAUUCAUGUUCCACGAUAAUGGAGUAUUGUAAAUGUAUGUAGCAACUGAACAAUUAUAGUGAAAAUGCUCAUUUAAUGCUUGUAAAAAAAUGUUUUUGCAAAAAUGCUUAUUGUUAUUGAAUCGUGAAAUGAAAAGGUACAUUGUGUGAUCUUUUGGUGACGUGAAUGGGGUAAAACAAACCUGUUUUCUUUAAAUAUUUGCUGUCUAAAUACAGUGAAUGAUUCUCAAUUAAGCAAGUAAAUUAUUGCAUGUGAACUAAUGUGUACACAAUAAUCUUUAUACAGUUUAGUCCAUACAAAUACAGCUCACUACAAAUGAGUCCUGU